GAUUCGGCAUGGCAGGCACCUAGUAAUUUGCUACCACCGGAAACGAAAAUGAACGGUUAGGCCAAACAUCAACAUGUCAUGCAGCGGACUGUCAAAAAUUUUAACCAGUUUUGAUGAAAUGAAGCAAUGCAUGUGCCUUGGAACCAAAUUAUGAUGAAAAAGAAUCUGAUAAUCUAAACCAAUGGCUUAUCCACAAGAAAAUGUCCACGAUUUAACAAGGAGUUUAGAUGCUUUCCACAUUUCUGAGAAUGCAAGAAGUGCUCCAGUGCAGGCUGGUGUUAAUCCCUUUGAUAAAGGAGGCUUACAUUAUGGUAAUCCAAACCAGGAUGUUAGAGGAGGGAGACAAUCUCAGGUAGAAGACCCGGGACAACAGAGAUAUUCUCCAAGGUCAGGUAGUCAGGAUAGAAGACAGAGAACAAGAAGUAGAGAGAGACAAGGAUAUCCCCAGGGUGACUCAAGUCAACAACGGUAUCCCCAGGGGGACCCAAACCAACAAAGGUAUCCCCAGGGUGACCCAAGUCAACAAAGAUAUCCCCUGGGUGACCCAAAUCAACAGAGGUAUACCCAGGGUGACCCAAGUCAACAGAGGUAUCCGCAGGGUGACCCAUAUCAACAGAGGUAUCCCCAGGGUGACCCAAAUCAACAGAGGUAUACCCAGGGUGACCCAAAUCAACAGAGGUAUAACCAGGGUGACCCAAGUCAACAGAGGUAUCCACAAGGUGACCCAAAUCAACAGAGGUAUCCACAGGGUGACCCAAAUCAACAGAGGUAUACCCAGGGUGACCCAAAUCAACAGAGGUAUAACCAGGGUGACCCAAAUCAACAGAGGUAUCCACAAGGUGACCCAAAUCAACAGAGGUAUACCCAGGGUGACCCAAAUCAACAGAGUUUUACCCAGGGUGACCCAAAUCAACAGAGGUAUCCACAAGGUGACCCAAAUCAACAAAGGUAUCCCCAGGGUGACCCAAACCUACAGAGGUAUCCCCAGAGUGACCCAAACCAACAGAGGUAUCCACAAGGUGACUUGAAUCAAGAGAGGUAUCCCCAAGGUGACCCAAAUCAAGAGAGGUAUCCCCAGGGUGAUCCAAAUCAACAGAGGUAUCCCCAGGGUGACCCAAAUCAACAGAGAUAUCCCCAGGGUGACCCAAAUCAACAGAGGUAUCCCCAAGGUGACCCAAAUCAACAGAGAUAUCCCCAAGGUGACCCAAAUCAACAGAGGUAUCCCCAAGGUGACCCAAAUCAACAGAGGUAUCCCCACAGAGAUAGUAGUGCUGACCGGCAAAGAUACAGGGAAAGAAAUAACAGUGGUGAACAGCAAAGAUAUCAUCCACCAAGAGCCAGUAGCAGUGACAGACAGAGAGGUAAUGAUAGUGAGUCUCAGCUGCAUCAGCAGGGGUAUGGAGGUGGCAGUCAGAGAUAUGAACAGCCAAUUACUAAUCCACAAAGAUAUGGAGACCAACAGAGAUAUCCAGCUAAUGAUGGAAGCCAUGACAGACAAGGACAUGCACAAAGAGCCAGUAGUGGAGACAGACAACAAAUUCCACACAGAGACGGAAGUGUGGAUCGUCAGCCAUCAGACAAUUCGGAUCUUGCCAAAACUCCAGAUACUCAGAUGGGAGGUGGUAAUUCUGGUGAACGUUCCUCAAGACAACGAACUCCUAGAAGGAGGUAUAUUACUAGGGAUUCAGAACAAGAAUCUGAGGAUCAGAAUUCUUCAAUGACCACACCUCAGAGACAGGAAGGACCAAUGAGGGGUGAUAUUAAUGUUUUACCUUCAAGGCCUCAAGUUCAGACUGAUAGAUCAAGUGUACGAAAUGGAGGUGUAAGUGGUUCACAGCAAUCACCCAUUGGAUCUUCUAGUCAUAAUGGUAAUGAGGCUCUGAGUUCUGAUGAAGGGAGACAGAGGAGACCCCAAAGCUUAGACAGAGGUCGCCGAAGGGAAGCCAUGCCCCCACCACCUGCAGUAUUAGCAAAUCUCAGAAAAGACAGAAAUUCUGGAACUCCAGAUAAAAAUAGUACCCCAGAUGGUCCAAAUUCACAGUACACAAGCUGUGAUAACAAGGAACUAUGUAUGCCAGCUUCUAACCAGGCAGAAAUUAUUAUUCAAGCUCACAGAGAAAAUGCUUAUGGGAAAGACAGCCCAUUGAUGGCCAAAUUGCAGUCCACCUAUACACUGUUAAGAUCUAGAUCAUUCAACAGGGACAAGGAGAGCAGGCCCCAAGUAGAGGUCAGGAGGAGAGACCGAUCACUGAGUUCUAGGGAGGAACAGCAAGUAAAUAGACAGCAGGAAAGUAACAGUGUUGACCCUUUGAGGGACCCCACACUUAUCUAUUCAUCUGAGGAGAAGAUUGAGAGACCAGUUGAAGGCCGCCGCCCAUUCAGAGGAAGAAGCCCACAGCAACAAGGUAACUCCUACGAGAGAGGUUUUCCAAAUGCUCAGGGUCAGCAACAAGUAGGCCAGAGUCCUGGUCAACAACAUCAAAAUCAACAGCAGCCUCAACAGGUACUUGACAAUCAACAAACUUCUAAUGGUGACUUUGACAGAAAUCAACAGUAUCCUUCUAACUUGAACAACCAAACACCACCUCAAAGAGAAUUCCAAUCCAGCCAGCAUUAUCAAGGAAGAAGUCAGCAAGAAUCUCACCCUGGUCACCCCCAGCACGGGGGCCAGUCUAAUGUAGGCAGCCCCUCCUUAAAACGCAUGACUGGGGUAACGGAUCUGGACAAGGCCAUGAAAGACCGAGACCAAGAAUUCCUCAGUAAAAGGUUCGGAGACACGCACAUGAAAAACGAACCUUCACCCCAGUCGCCUUCAGUCAAUAGCAACCACUCGUGUAGUGAUGAUCAGGAAACAGACAUUGAUGACCUGAGUAAAGAAAAAGGUCAUGCUAAAUUUAGAAAUAGGAAGCUGUCGGGGGAAAAUUCCCCCCUCAAUAAGUCUUCCCCCUCCAGUCCAAUGUUUCCCCCUUCAUCUCCGCUGGCUUUCUGUGAUGAGAAGAGGCAACUCAGCGAUUCCAGGGGAAAAGAAAUCCUCCGCAGACGUCCAAAUAACCUAGAGGAUGCAGUUAGCUGGCCCAUGUCCAUUCCUGGAACUUUGGACUUCACAAAGUUUGAAAUAUUUGAAGGUCAGAUGUUGCUGAACUGGUUGCAGUCCACCAUUGAUGACAAGCACUACCUGAGGUUGGUGAUGACGCGACACGACAUGAGCGUGGUUCUGACACAGUUCUGUACAUGUCUUAUUGCCUCGGGGGUCAUGGCAGAGAAGGAGGGGAGAAACCAGCAAAUCUUCAAGCCUGACUGUAUGUAUUACUGGACACACACAGAGAAUGCCCCCAUUCGACAGGAUGUAGACAUUAAAAAACUCGGCCCCAUGUGGCCCCCUCCCAUGCCAGAAAAAGAUGAAUUUGGACACAAGUACACAGAAGCAGAGCGUUACUACAGGAAUUACAUCACAAAGUUUAUGAAGGAACAACAGGCUGCAUUUGUGAAUGUCAAAAAGGAAUAUCAGCAAGAAGUGGAAAAGCUCAAGGCGGAGAACCAGUCUAUACUGGACCACUGCCGGGAGGAGUACCAGUCCAGACUCCAGGAGAGUACCGAGAGGAUUGUCAAACUCGAGAAGGAGCUGCAAGAUCUCAGAGAACAGAAUGAAGCUCUGGUGGAGGCCCAGAAACAACUGGAGCAGGACUUCAUGACCCCCGGAGGGGAGAUGUUCGCAGUCACGGGGACACCUGCCUCACAAAGAUUCCAUACCCCCAUCACACCGGAGUGUAUCAAGGGAGAGUAUCCUGAUAUACCAAGAGAUGAGGAUGAAGGAGAUAUGCCCAUGCCUCUCCCUCCUGAUGAACUACGUCCCAAUGCCCCACCCCCUCCUCCACCACCACCACCGCCACCCCCAGGGGUAGGAGCUCCACCUCCCCCACCCCCACCACCUGCACCAGGUGGUCCCCCACCCCCUCCUGCUCCUCCUGUGCCAGGUGGACCAGGGGUUGUCAGAAAAGGGUCUCUAAAGCCUGUUAUCCAGACUAAAUCUCCAAUGAAACCACUCUUCUGGCAGAGGAUACAGGUCCAUAAUCUCAAAUCUAAAAAUAAAGACCUGAACAACAUGCGUUUGGUGUGGGAGGAGAUUGACGAGGCGGCUAUUGAUGUAGAGGAAGUGGACAAACUGUUCUGUAAACCCCCGUCAGAGGCCUCUCAAAAAACCAACAAAACCCGCGCCAAAUCUCCAGCCAAACAGGUUGCCAAGGUGUUAAGCCCAAAGCGUUCCCAGCUGGUAGGGAUCCUGUUAUCUAGUCUGCGUGUGGAUAUCAAUGAUAUUGAAUUAGCUAUAUUGACAUGUGAUACUUCUUGUGUGGACAUAGAGAAAUUAAAAGCCAUUUAUGAUAGUAGAGCUGAUGAGGAUGAAGUAAAGAAACUAAAGAAGCAUGUAGAUAAAAAUCCAGACGUGAUGCUGGAUAAACCUGAUCAAUUUUUGUUUGAUCUCAACCAAGUUCCUGACUUUGCAGAGAGAAUUUUCUGUCUGUUAUUUCAAGAAGGCUUCCAAGAAAGCAUAUCUGUGAUAGACAAUAAACUAAACAAUCUCAAAAUGACCUCUCAGAUGUUAAUCCAGGGGAAAAGUGUUAGAGAUAUACUGGGUAUAGUGCUUGCCAUAGGAAACUAUAUGAAUGGAGGAAAUAGAUCUCGAGGCCAGGCAGAUGGGUUUGGAAUAGAAAUCCUGGCCAAACUGAAAGAUGUGAAAACAAAGGAUAAUAGAAUGACUCUGCUCCAGUACAUCGUGUCGACGUAUGUCUCUAAGUUUGAGCGAGAUCUGGCGGGGACAGAGAAAGCCAAGCUGCCGGUCCCCGAGUACAGUGACGUGACACAGGCCAUGUUGGUCCAGUUUGAUGACAUUGAAAAGGAGCUCAAAAGAAUCCAGAAAGACUUCAGUGCUGCUGAAAAAAGGGCAGAUAAGGUGAUAAAGAACUCCAGUCCAGAAUAUGUACAGCCUUUUAAGGAUAUUAUGUCUACUUUCUUUAAUAAAGGACAAGAAGAAUUUAAGGAACAAGAGGAAAAUUUAAAGGAAGCAAAGAGUGUAUUUGCUUCGUUGUACAUGUUUUACACGGUGAAACCUAAAUCAGGUGAGAAGGAGGUGACUCCGGAGUAUUUCUUCUCUCUUUGGUCCUCCUUCUGUCACGACUUUAAGGAUCUCUGGAAAAAAGAGCAGCAGUAUGUCGCCAAAUUAAGAGUGCAACAAGAAGAAUUACGUCUGAAACAAAUCAGGGAAAAGAAGCUACAGCAACCAAACACCAGGGUGCGCCGGCGAGGGGGACUGAAAGACAAGCUGGCCAGUAAAGGAAUGCUUGGACAAUGAAUGUGAAACCUCUAAAGCAAUUAGUUACCCGGUACCUAUUUCAUUCUACAGCAAAGCAAUAAUAGCGGUGGUAUGAGUUUUUACUUUGAAGUUUAAGGUCUCAUUAAUUCAGCAUUUGAACAGUUGUACAGUCUGAGGUCAUGUGACAGUCAGCAUUUACUGUUAUAUAGGGUUGUAUUUAUAACUGAUGCAUUUUUUUCAUGCAUUUGCAAUUUCCCUUGCUACUGUGAUUUUAGACAUUUUUUUGCAUUUACAGAUUUUUAUUUUAUAUGCCAGAUCUUAUUGUCUUCUUUCAUUCCAUUUUUCUUGUGGAUUGUUAAAACACUUAACACUGUGAGCUUUCUAUAUUUUGAUCCUGAUAUUCACUUUUUCCAUGAGACUUUCUAGUUUUUAUUUAUUUUUUUUUUCGAAUUCUGUCUCUUGUCAGUCUGGAUAAGGUUGAUAAUCAGCUGAAAAAUCUGAGACAUUCCAAAUGUUAGCUGUUGAUUAGGAGUAGGCUUGUGUGAUUUAUUAAUGAAACUGUAGUUGAUAUUUCCAGAAAUAGACUUACUCUAUUUUGUUUUUUCUCUUUUUUAGAGGACUAGUCACUUUUCUUGAUUCAUAUUGAGUUACCUUGGUAAUUGUCUGUAGAUUUUUUUUUUUGUAUUUAUUUUUUGGAUCUGUUGUAAUGGUAGGUGUUUGGUUUGGGAUUUAGUUGUUACAGAAUUUCAUUUUUCACAAAAAGUUCAUUGCAUUUCAAGUACAAUUUUAGUAAAUAUUUGCAUUGCAUCUGUAAAUUAAGAUGCUGUUGACAGAUUGUAAAAUUUGUUCAGGUUUCCAGUGUACAAUGUAUAUUGAAUAACAAGGUUGUUUUUUCUUGACCAUGCUAAAUGUUCCAAAUUCAAAGAAGCCUCUUGCAUGCCAAAGUUGAUAUUCAAGUUUUUGAACAAUUUACUGAUAUUCCUAAUUAGACUCAUUGAUUGUAAAUGUUUGUGAAUAUAAGGUAAUUACAAUACCUUAGAAUAUGCCAGUAAUAAUUAUUUUUACAUAUAAACAGAGGUAAAGGCAUUCUUUGUACCCAUUGUUAAGCAUUGGUUACUACAUUGUAUAUUCUCACAUAAGGUUGUGUUCUUACAAGCCUAGAGUUCAGUAAAGCUGUUAUAUUUCUUAUCUAUGCAAGAUUUUACCUCAUUACUUGCAAGAGGUGUUUGCUAAUUAAUUUGAAUUAUGUGACUAUGAAGAUGUGCAGUGCAGAUGUAUUGACUGUUUUGUUUUAGGUUUUUUUUUAGUUACCGUAGUUUCAAGAUAAAAGAUUAAUUAUGAAUUAUGUAAAUAUUCUAGAACAUUUAUGUGUUAAGGAAGAAUAGAUUCAAAUUUGAUCAGCAAGAAAAAGAAUCAUAUUUUUUAAUUUAGAAAACUUCCAAAAAAGGGUAGAUGAUCAAAGAAAAUGUGCUCAGAGCACAUAAAUUAAACUGCUGAAUUU